GAACCUGCACUGGGAGAGGCAUGCUGGCUAACAGUAAGGUCUGAAGUGUUUUGUUUUGGCGUGUUUUUUUCUACAAUAUGAAUAAGAACUUCAUCUCUUUUAAGACCUGAUCUGUUCGUUGGCUCUUGCGAGUGCUUUAUAAAGCAUGGCACUGGGUGGCAGAGUAAAUGUUUACCAAGCAGCAGACAGCACUAAGUUCAUGAUGAAAAUGCUGCUGAGUCUGAUCACGCUACUGCUUAUCACAUGGAGUAGAAACAACACUGAUGCACUGCCAGUACAAACCAAACUGCCAAACAGUAAUGAGGUUUUGACAAAAGAGCAAAAGAACUUGUUGAUAAAGAUCUUGGCGGACCUUGCUGAAUUGAACAUGACAGUUAAGGAGCUGGGCGCACUGGACCUCGAGCAGCUGUUUAAUGGUAAACUGGGCGAAAGGUCUGCUUUAGGCUUGCCACCUGCUCGUGAGAAAUCCCCAUGCAAGAACUUCUUCUGGAAGACCUUCUAUGCAUGUUAAGACUGCAUGAUAUACAAACAUGGACCAUGUAUUAUUAACCCUGUUAUAAACAACAAAACAAUCAGCUUGAGUUUAAUUACAAGUAUUAAUAAACAUGUGAUGUAUUA